UUUAGGAGCGAACCUGUUGAUACGAGUUUGUUUGUUGUUGAUUUCUUCAAUUUUGUAAUACCUACGUGAAUAUUUAAUGAUUUAUUAGAUUUGUUGGUGUGGGAGAUAAACAUGGCGGCUACAGCUUCUGCUGCCACUGCUACCGUUGAAGAAGAUUUGGAUGAAUGUGGACCACAGCUGAUUAGCAAAUUAGAGGGUAAUGGUAUUACAUCUGGUGAUAUAAAAAAGUUGGAAGAAGCAGGAUAUCAUACAGUAGAAUCCGUCGCUUAUGCUCCUAAAAAAUGGCUUAUUACAAUAAAAGGUAUAUCAGAAGCAAAAGCUGACAAAAUAUUAGCUGAAGCUUCAAAACUUGUUCCAAUGGGUUUCACCACAGCUACUGAAUUUCACCAAAAAAGAGCUGAAAUAAUUCAACUGACAACUGGUUCUAAGGAAUUAGAUAGAUUACUUGGAGGUGGUAUUGAAACAGGGUCAAUUACAGAAAUAUUUGGUGAAUUUAGAACAGGCAAAACACAGCUAUGUCACACAUUAGCUGUGACAUGUCAGUUGCCCAUUGAACAAUCAGGUGGAGAAGGAAAAUGCAUGUAUAUAGACACAGAAGGUACAUUUCGUCCGGAGAGAUUGCUGGCUGUUGCUCAACGCUAUGGUAUGGAGGGGGCUGCUGUAUUAGAUAAUGUUGCAUACGCACGAGCUUACAAUACUGACCAUCAGACACAGCUGCUAGUACAGGCCUGUGCGAUGAUGGCAGAGUCAAGGUAUUCUUUAAUAAUAGUGGACAGUGCUACGGCGUUGUAUCGCACAGACUAUUCUGGCCGUGGCGAACUUAAUCCACGCCAACAACACCUCGGCAGGUUUAUGAGGAUGCUUCUGCGGCUUGCGGAUGAGUUCGGCGUAGCAGUGAUAAUAACAAACCAAGUAGUAGCACAAGUGGAUUCCGUAGGAGUAUUUAAUGCGGACACUAAGAAACCGAUCGGAGGUCAUAUCAUGGCGCAUGCGUCGACAACAAGACUAUAUUUAAGGAAAGGGAGAGGGGAUAACAGAGUGUGCAAGAUAUACGACAGUCCUUGUCUGCCAGAAACUGAAGCUAUGUUUGCGAUAAGCAAUGAGGGCAUUACUGAUGCUAAAGAAUAGAUGGUCAAACUUCAUUGACUGGAUAAAUUAAUGAUGUUCAAGUUGAUAUUAAGAUGAAGCUAGGAGCAGUGGAGAACAUAAGCAGUCAAGGAUGAGGCACAAAUAAAUGAACUUGACAAAAUAUUAAGAAAGAAAACAAAUUGAGUUGAUGCUGCAAGUCUUCACAGGUUUCACAAGGCAAAAAAAAAUUAGUUUUAUGAAACUGCUAUCAGUUGAUCAUUAAAAAAAGAACUAAAAUCAGAAACGAAAACCUGUUUAAGUACAGUUUGAGAAAUGUUAAACUUUAAAUUUUCAAUUCAGAAUUCGGGCGAUAAUCUAGCUAUGCGUCAAUACAGAGAAACGGAUCAGUUUCGGAUGUCCCUUCUUUUUUAAACGCUUAUAACCAUCAGCGGUACAUUCGAAGCGAACUACUAUUACUACUAUUGUUGACGGGUAACAUUUUUUAUUUUUAGUACAUCACAAAAGUAAUGUGAAUCUGAAAUUAUAUUUCCUGUAGAAUAAUCGUCGACCACACCUACGAAAAUUUUGUGCACUGGUAAAAGAAUCUUUAGUCUACCCGUUAAUUUGCCGGGACGACAAUGACACGUGUGAAUCACACCUUAACAUUGCUCCAUGUUUCAAUGUUUGUUUUUAUUGUAAGUCGAAUAUUGUAAAUAAAUAAUCGAGUAUAAUACUUAUUUUUAAAUAAAAAAUGUAAGG